CGGGGCUUCAGGUCCCGCGGCGGCGCCCGUGAGGAACCCGGGCCGCGGGUGGAAGCGGGAGCCGCGCGGUGGAGGCGCUUGGCGAUGGUGGGCGUCCCUGGAGCGGCCGCCUUCCAGCAGAGAGAGAGUGAGAGGCAGAGACACAGGCAGAAGGAGAAGCAGGCUCCAUGCAGAGAACCCGAUGUGGGACUUGAUCCCGGAACUCCAGGACCAUGCCCUGGGCCGAAGGCAGGCACUAAACAGCUGAGCAACCCAGGGAUCCCUGAAGAUGGAUUUGAAGGGGCAAGACAGGAAGCAGCAACAUAAUUAGUUGGUCCUGAGAAAAGAGUGCCAGCAAUGCCUGGGUCGCCUGUGGAAGUGAAGAUACAGUCAAGAUCCUCACCUCCUACCAUGCCACCCCUGCCACCAAUAAAUCCUGGAGGACCCAGGCCAGUGUCAUUUACUCCUACAGCAUUAAGCAAUGGCAUCAACCAUUCUCCUCCUACCCUGAAUGGUGCCCCAUCACCGCCACAGAGAUUCAGCAAUGGUCCUGCCUCUUCCACAUCAUCUGCACUAACAAAUCAACAAUUGCCAGCCACUUGUGGUGCUCGGCAGCUCAGCAAAUUGAAACGCUUCCUUACCACUCUGCAACAGUUCGGCAAUGACAUCUCACCUGAGAUUGGGGAGAAGGUGCGGACUCUUGUUCUAGCACUGGUGAACUCAACAGUAACAAUUGAAGAAUUCCAUUGCAAGCUUCAAGAGGCUACAAACUUUCCUCUUCGUCCUUUUGUGAUUCCAUUCCUCAAGGCCAAUCUGCCCCUGCUGCAGCGGGAACUGCUGCACUGCGCUCGAGCCGCCAAGCAGACCCCAUCCCAGUACCUGGCUCAGCACGAACACCUUCUGCUCAACACAAGUAUUGCAUCGCCUGCUGACUCUUCAGAGCUGCUCAUAGAAGUUCAUGGAAAUGGAAAGAGGCCCAGUCCAGAGAGAAGGGAAGAGAACAGUUUUGAAAGAGAUACAAUUCCUCCUGAGCCUCCCGCCAAGAGAGUGUGCACCAUCAGCCCUGCUCCCCGACAUAGUCCUGCCCUCACUGUACCCCUCAUGAAUCCUGGGGGCCAGUUCCAUCCUACUCCUCCACCUCUUCAACACUACACCUUAGAAGAUAUUGCAACUUCACAUCUGUAUCGUGAACCCAACAAGAUGCUAGAACAUCGUGAAGUUCGUGAUAGACACCACAAUCUUAGUCUUAAUGGAGGCUAUCAAGAUGAGUUGGUAGACCACCGGUUGACCGAAAGGGAGUGGGCAGAUGAAUGGAAACAUCUUGAUCAUGCUCUGAAUUGCAUUAUGGAAAUGGUAGAGAAGACAAGGCGCUCCAUGGCGGUUCUGCGGCGCUGUCAGGAAUCUGAUCGUGAAGAACUCAACUACUGGAAAAGAAGAUGUAACGAAAACACAGAGAUGAGGAAGACAGGGAGUGAUUUGGUCUCCAGGCAGCACAGUCCCGGGAGUGCAGAUUCUCUCAGCAAUGAUACACAGCGAGAAUUCAGCAGUAGGCCAGGAACAGGAUAUGUACCUGUGGAGUUUUGGAAAAAAACUGAAGAAGCUGUGAAUAAGGUGAAAAUUCAGGCCAUGUCAGAAGUACAGAAAGCUGUUGCUGAGGCAGAGCAAAAAGCCUUCGAAGUGAUUGCAACAGAGAGAGCUCGGAUGGAGCAAACUAUAGCAGACGUCAAACGGCAGGCGGCAGAGGAUGCCUUCCUCGUCAUAAAUGAGCAAGAAGAGUCAACAGAGAACUGCUGGAACUGUGGCCGUAAAGCCAGUGAGACCUGCAGUGGCUGCAAUAUUGCACGAUACUGUGGGUCUUUCUGCCAGCACAAGGACUGGGAGCGGCACCACCGCCUUUGUGGCCAGAACCUGCAUGGCCAGAGUCCCCAUAGCCAGAGCCGGCCACUGCUUCCUGGAGGGAGGGGCUCCUCAGCCAGGUCCACCGACUGCAGUGUGCCAAGCCCGGCUCUGGACAAGACCUCCGCAACCACCUCACGCUCCUCAACACCCGCCUCUGUGACAGCCAUUGACACCAACGGACUCUGAGCCCCAGACUCCCUUCUUCUGAUGACCUCACAGCCCCACAAAACAUGGCACAGGGGGUCUGGCUGUUUGAACCAGUGCAAUUAGAUGUUGGGUCAUUGGCAAAAAAGUGAAGUGGAGACAGGAAGAGUGCAAGCCCAGCAAACACUGCUCCACAGCCUCUUCAGACACUUGCCCCAGUUUCCUGUCUGUGUUCUUGGGGGAGCCAGUGUGCCAUUCUCUCUGCACAUGGGCAGCUGGCCAGAGCUGCCACCUCCCUCCUGGGCUUCCGGGUUUGUUCCUAUCCCAGCUGAAAUUGGCAUGGCCGGCCCCUUUUCAGUGUAGACCACCAGCUCCCAUCCCUGCCUCUUAAGGCAGCAGACUGUUAGAGGUGCCCCACUAGGCUGGAGGUAGUUCGCCCCAUGCACUGCCUCCUACUACACCAUCCUGCAGCAGAGGCCUGGAGACUGACAGCAGGCUGCAGAGGAGAUCCCCUCUGCCAGGGUGGCCUCUUUUGCCCCAGAACAGCAACUUUACCUUCAUUUCUACCCUUCACAGAUGCCGCUGAUGAGCCCCGCCAGGACUUUGGGCAGGCAAAAGCAGCACUCAGGACUCUCCUCGACCCUGCUGUUCAGACUUGUUAAGAUUAUCAGAAAUCACAGGAAAGAAGUCACUGUUUCACUAAAAGCACCCAUAAUAAUGAAAAUACAAAUAAAACUUCCUCCAAGCAUCACAGAUCAUUUUGGACAAGAUUUUCCAACCUGGCUUGCUACUUUAGUUUGGACCCAUUUUUUUCUCUUACUUGAUUUUGCUUAUGCAGAAAAUAGUUUCCAGCGCAUGGAUUGGUCUGCAGGAGAAUGAGACUCAAUUGUGGAUAGUCUGUUCUCUCUGAGCAUGUUGGCCAAACUAGUAUCGUCAAAUCAUUGAAUGGAUGAUCUAUUGGAAAUGCAGAACCUUUUGUCACCGCUUGGCUGUUUGCACAGUCUUCUUGUUCUGUGUCCCUUUUAUUUCAGACCACGCAUGUCCAGAUCACCGUGCGGAUUUUCUUCUCGUGGUCUGUGUUUGGCCCCUUUUGAUAUGAUUGUCCCAUAGGAUGUGAUGUGUUGUGGCUAGGACUUGCCUCAGCAGUCAAGACCUGGUCACAUCUCAGCAGCCUUCCUGGACCUGAAAGAAUUCUUCAAACCUUGUCCAUAAUACAUAUUACAUCAAUUUAUUAUCAGGCAUACAAUCUCGGUUUCCCUUAUGUUAUCUAUUUGAUAGCUUCCCCUUGAGCUAAGAAAUGUUCCAUGAAAUAUGACAGCCAUUUUGAGAGAGGCUUACCAAUUUUUCUUCCCAUCAUCAGGGAGUUUUCCAGAUGUGUUUACCUGGCUUUCCAAAGUUGACAUCACCUAUACCCCUUCUACAAUGUUAGGAACAACUGCAGCAUAUAUUCUUCCCCACCAUUUGUGUUUUGUUUGGAGCCCAAUGACCCUGACCUUCUCUCCGUCCACCUCCAAGCCUCCAGCACCCUCUUGACUCAAGCAAUCAGUUGGGGUGAUUUGGUUGGCUCUGCUCUGGCUGGCCCAUGAAAGACCAGCUUUAGAUGGCUAUCUUCUGUGUGCUGGCCAGAGUAAAAUAAAAGCUCUCAGUCUCAUCAAGGAAAAAGAAUCAGUAUAGUAGCAUUGCCCUCACAUACAAGUGUAGCUUUCUAUGAGAACUUUCAAGUCCCUAAUUUACUUUACCUAAAGAUUGUCUAUCUUACAAAGAAACUCAGUGCAAGGCACCUUUAAAAUACCUAGAUUUCCAUUGCAUAACGUAAGGCAUAUCCAGAGAAUGAAUAACAGAAUAAUGUUAACUUUAUUGUGGAAUUCCUUAAACUGCAGCAACUGGUGGUACAUCCUGACUUCAACAGAAAUGAAAUUAGGACCCUAGGCAGGACUUGCCUACAUUGCCACUUGGAAAAAAAAAAGGGGGGGGGAUAUCUCAUGAGAAGGUGAUGGAGCAGAGGAAGAGGUUAUCUCGUGGCACCUGUUGGGUCUGACCUCAGUUCGUGGUCAUUUCGUUGGCAAGAUGAACACCUGGGGAAGUUUUCAGUGGCCACCAGACUAGCCAGAGUAGCCCAGGUUUUUCCUGGGAAUCUUUCUUGAAAUCAAGAGCCCAAACCAACAAAUACUAUUCAUCAGACUCCAUGUUAAUUUCUGUAGCUAAGGUUUCAUUUUGUUAUACAGGUCCUAUCUGACGGUUGUGGGCUCUGGUUCUCAACAACAGCUAAGUUUGCAGAGUUAUUGUGAUGCUGUUCUAGACUGUUUUGUUCAUGUGCUGCCCAGAGGCCAGGCUGAAAAUCUGGGUAGUACUCUACACUCUAGUUCAGUUCUCAGACCACUUGCUUUUAAUUUUGGUCACUUUCACAUCUAGGUUGCUAGGAUAUCUGUUCAAGACUUCCUAUUUAGAUGUAAAGAAUCCCUUUCUUCAUCAUCCUUAUCUGAAAUUUUCCUGCUCUUUGGCACUGUCUUGGGGUGGGGGGAGAGGGGUUGAAGGGGCCAGGGUGAGUCCAGCUUUCCCACUUGGUUUCUACUGUCUGCUCACCAUCCCAGAUACAAGUUUGGAGUACAAGUUCAGGCUUCUCACUUCCAUGUAAUUAGACUCAAAUCAUCUUUAUAUAAUCAGGCUGCUUAGAGGACCAACCUUGAUAGUUACUAUUUGGGGGGACAAAAAAGACCAAGGGGAUCAGAGUCGUGGUAAGUGGUGGUAUUGAAGGUCAUGUCAGGGCAGUUCCAGGCUCUUCGAUACUAGUGUGGAAAUGUACAGCAAAUGCAACACAUGCCUGCCCACCAGCAGAGCACAUCUGGAGGAUGGGGCCAGUGUUCAGCAUCAACCACUGAGGGUCACUGAUGGAUAUGAGACUUUGUUGUCCUCUACAUGCGAGGAAUGAUUGCAGAACCCAGAGAAGGCCAAGUGGCCAAACUGGGAGCCAUCUUUAAAUGUUCUGAUUGAUGCUUAAGGGCUGGAUCUUCAUUACCUCAGUCCUCUGGGUCCCUGCCACCUGUAUCACGCCUGACUCCAUUUGGUGGGGCAAAUGGUCUUGGGAAGAAGUUGGUUAAUUAUACCUGCUCAGGAAUAGGGAGCCCACCCUAGGAGUUGUGAGCAUGAGUGGGGCUUCGACUUUGGAGGGUCUCUGCAGCUCCAGGGGUGGGCCUCAAGCAGAUGUGCUCAGGCACAGUCAUGUGACCCUGAGGUUACAGAGCAAGUGGAUCUUGGACACUGCUGAGUCAUACUUAUACUAGUGGAUAUAAGUCUAGAGGCCAGACACAUCUACCUAGCACAGAUCGGUGUGGUGUUGACUGCAGUAUGGACAUCAUUUGCUUAUCUGGGCCUGUUAGUCUACCAGGAGCUCCUCACUUGGUGUCAGCAUGAGCAUCUUCAGCUUCUAGCCAGAAAAUCUACACUUUACUCUGUAUGCAUUGUUCCAAAGUCAGAUUGAUCCCCAGGGCUGUCACCUGCUUACAAAGGGUGUAGACCUUGUUCUGGGUAGUUCCAGAUGAUAUUUCAGCAAGUGGAGUUGAAGGUUCAGCAACACUUUGGAAUUGUAUGGUAGGGAGUUCUUCAGAAUGAAAGCAUAAUGACCAGGUAGCCAUUUGUCCUGGAAACUAUAGAGGGAUUAUGGAUUGAAUAUAUCAUUGAAAAUAGAAUACAUUUUCGAAGCUUUUGUCAGAACUGGUGUCAGAACCAGGUCAGUAGACCAAGCCAACAUAGAUUUGGGGGUGGGUGGCGUUUGGUUUGGUUUUGGGGGGGUUUGUCUUUUGUUUGGGAUUUUUUUUUUUUUUUUAGCUCUUUGCAGAGAAUUGGGUGGUGGCAUGUUUGAACCAAAUGUAAGAAAAGCCAGAGGGAUCUGGACUGUUCCAGCAUGGGCCAGUUUGUCCGGGGUGAUAGCGGGCUGGGCGAGCUGCUGAAUAGGGCCCUUCAGCUCUGAGUGUCUAGUUCUUAUGAAACCAAAACGUUGACUACCUGCCUCUUUGCCCACGUGUGUUGACAUGCUCAUUUCCAAAGAUGAUGGUGCAGGUGACCUUUUCCAUCUUGAGCCAGGAGAAGGUUAGGAGGCCUGAGGGUGGACCUUAUGUCCCCCUUGCCCUCCACAACCCCAGACAUGGCACUUCCCCUGCAGACCCCAUCUGGUCAGGCCCACAACUGCCCAGUGUACACUCAUUCAUGCUUAUACCAAAUAGGGCAUGUGCGGCUGGCAGCUGGCAAAGACAGCCCCAUCCCUGCAUUGGAGUUGGCAGAGAGAAGCAGCAAUAAGCAUUAGGUGAAUGAUUGAAAGUGCUGUUUGGCUCAGCAGCCUUCAGUCCACUUUCACGGCUUUCCAAGUUCCUGAUGAGGCUACAAAAGCUCCAUCCAUAAAAGAAAGCCAAUAAUGUAAAUAAAUAGAAAACUAUGCCUCCGAGUGUGGUUUUAAGGGGGGGUAUGAUGAAUGUGAAAGCACCCACAGGAUGCGGUAGUCUGGUUUCUCUGUGCUUUGUCAUUUUACUCAGAUAGGAAUUUUUGUUACUUAACUCUGUGCAUAACUUAUUUAAUGUACUGUAUAAAUGAACCAAAACUGUUAAAUAUGUAUUUAGUUUGUUCUACCUAAAAGUAGUCAAUAAAAAGGCUAUAUUCCUUUUCUGA